AAAAAAAAGUUUGAAGACCAACAUGUUAUUUUGUUUUAAAAGACCUUGAAGAAAUGUUUUUGACAAAUAUUUGUAUAAAUAUUUGUAUUGCUUUAUGGUUUGCCUUCUCUUCUGCUUACGACAAUUUGGCACUAAAUAAACCAGCACAUGAAGAGUACCCAUACAAUGCUUUUAAUACUGACGCCAGCAAUGCUGUUGAUGGACUUAAGACUGAUCUGUUUGGUCUUGGAGGACAAUGUUCAAUGUCAGCCCCAAAUAAACGUACCUCCACCUGGUGGGUAAAUCUAACCAGUAUCAGCAGCAUCCACGACAUCCGGAUCUAUUACAGGACGGACAAUGUACAUUGGAAUGCAACAAACGGAUAUACGUCGAGGUUUCUGGGAUUUUCUAUAUACGUCUCAAACACAACAAACAAGUCGGAGGGAAAGCUUUGCUACAAAGACACCAACUUCACCCCAAGCACGAUACCAGCUGUCUUUAACACCACCUGCUUUGUACAUGGUCAAUACGUCAUCUACUACAACGAGAGACUACCAGGAGUUACCUAUCCUAGUGGAUAUUCUGACUACGCCUUUAACGACCUCUGUGAAGUAGAAGUCUAUGGAUGCCCUACACCUGGUUACUAUGGUAUCAAUUGCACCAUUCCCUGUCCUGAUGCCAACUGUGGAUACUGUCACAUCGAGACGGGCACCUGUCAGGGGGGAUGUAAACCUGGAUACAAGGGACACAAGUGUGAAUUGGAGUGUGAUGGUAAUUUGUACGGUGAAAACUGCAGCAAGUCUUGUGGCAACUGUAAAAACAAUCAACAAUGUCAUUACAUUAAUGGAUCUUGUAUGAAUGGAUGUGAAAAUGGAUACCAGGGCUUAAGAUGCGACAAAGAAUGUGACAAUGGAACAUACGGAAACGGAUGCAAUAAAACAUGUGGUCAUUGCGUGAACAAGUCGCUCUGUAACCACGUGAACGGGACCUGCUUUGAGGGAUGUGAUCCGGGAUAUAGAGGUUCUCGGUGUCGUCAAAAAUGUACCAUUUACAAAUAUGGAGACGGAUGCCAAACAAACUGUGGACAUUGUUUUAACAUGAGUCAGUGUCACCAUAUAAAUGGAACUUGUUUUGACGGCUGCGAUCCUGGAUAUGAAGGCCAAAAGUGUAAUCAGGAAUGUCAAAAUAGAUCAUAUGGUUACCGAUGCCAGAGGAAAUGUGGACAUUGUUUAAACAGCUCCCAAUGUGACAACGUUAAUGGCGGGUGUUUACAGGGAUGUGAACAGGGUUAUGGAGGACGCACAUGUAACCUAGUUAACUUGGCUCUACACAAACCAGCAUAUGAGGAGAACAUAUACAGCCAUGCUAACGUUAAUGCCGGCAAUGCUGUGGAUGGGCGCAAAUCAAACUUGCGUGGUAGUGGAGGAGAGUGUUCAAUAUCUAAUAACAGAAAACGCACCGCCACCUGGUGGGUUAAUCUAGAGAGCAUCUAUAGCAUCCAUAACAUUCGUAUCUAUCACAGGACCGAGAAUUUACCCUGGGGUCAAUCAAACGGGCAUACAGCGAGAUCUCUGGGAUUCUCUCUAUAUGUAUCUAACACAACAGACAAGUCAGAUGGAAAACUUUGCUACAAAGACAAAAACUUCACUAAAAGCACGAUACCAGCUGUCUUUAACACCAUCUGCUUUGUUCAUGGUCAAUAUGUCAUUUACUACAACGAGAGACUACCAGGAGUUACCUAUCCUAGUGGUUAUUCUGACUACGCCUAUAACGAACUCUGUGAAGUGGAAGUCUAUGGUAAACAUGUUGUCCCAGACCCGGAUACUAUGGUACUGACUGUGACCUCCCCUGUCCUGACAACUGUCGAUACUGUCACAUCGAGACGGGCACCUGUCAGGGAUGUAAACCUGGAUACAAGGGACACCAGUGUGAAUUGGAAUGUGAUACAGGAUGGUAUGGAGACGGAUGCCAAAGACAAUGCGGACAUUAGUGCCAGGAAGGAUACUUUGGUGAAAACUGUGCUCGGGAAUGUUCUGCUAACUGUCACAGCUGUAAUAAAAAAUCUGGACUUUGUGAUCUUGGGUGUCAUCCGGGAUGGAAAGGGACACAUUGUACAGAAAGUAUGUAUCGUGAUAAUUCAUCAGGUUAUACGAAUAUUCAAGCAAUGCGAUGGUGGGCUUUUUGGAGCGAACUGUAGCACACCUUGUGGACACUGUCUUAAUAACCAACAAUGUCAUCAUAUAUUCGGAACAUGUGGGAAGCGAUGUGACCCAGGGUAUAUGGGAGACAACUGCACGGAAGAAUGCGAUGACUAUAAGUUCGGUGAAAAUUGCAGUUUUACUUGUGGAAACUGUGAAAACAAUGAGAAGUGUUAUCAUAUUGAUGGAACUUGCACUAAUGGGUGUGAUAAGGGGUAUCAAGGCCCCAAAUGUGAUACAGAAUGUGACGGUCAUACAUAUGGAUAUAAUUGUCAAGAGCACUGUGGAAUCUGCCGGAAUGGAGAGGAGUGUGAUACAGUGACUGGAGUGUGUCCCAAUGGCUGUGACACUGGUUACACGGGGGACAACUGUAAAGAAACUUGCAGUAACAAAACGUAUGGACUCCUUUGUUCGUUGACUUGUGGUAACUGCAUUGACAAACAACAAUGUCAUCACGUGACCGGAAAAUGCCCAGAAGGAUGCGCUGUAGGAUUUCAAGGAGAAAGGUGUGACAAAGCACUGUGUCUCCCACCGUCAGCAGAGUCUGCUGACCAUCCCUCCAUUUCUUACAUUUUGUCUGCAUUGCUCACCGUCUGUGUCAUCGUUAUCAUUUUUCUCACCUUAAGAUUAUGCAAACACGAACAAUGUUGUAAGUGCCAUCAACAUAAGCAACCGAAGGACGAUAAACCUGUAGACACAGCACCAGCUGCAACUGGUCACGACGUCAACGUUGAUGACGGCACGGCAUACCAGGAGCUCAACGAAGUCACCAAUCAACCACAGAGAAGUGAUCUUGGUCACACCGCCGUCAACCCUGAUUGUUACGUCAAUGUUGAGGGAGAUAACUCAGCGUAUCAGGCGCUAGGAGAUGUCACCCAGCCGUCUAUCUAUGAUACACCUUUCCAGAAAUAAGCAAUUUGUACGUCAAUGCAGAUGGGUCUAAGAUUUAUAAAAAAAAAAUACAUUAUAAUAUUCCUAAUUCCUCAUUCACAAUAAUGAGCGCAGAAGCCAGUUCUUCAUUUUGUUGUAUAAACAACACGCUCCGUAAGAAAGCAAAGUUUUUGGAAUCCGAGAAAUAUAUAAACAUUUUUAUAUCAUUUUUUUUUUCUCUGCUUAUUUUUAGUCAUGAUAAAUGAAUGGAAAUUGUGGGUUUUAUUCACACAGUAACUGUUGUCCUUGUUUUGUCUUAGUAACACGUAUUUUAACAAGGGCACCGCUAAGCGGAGCAUCCCCUCGCGAUUUGAGUUAUUGUGUGUAGGGAUGCAUUAUUUAGCAAUAUAUAGUUAUGUUAAUGAGACGACCACAUUCUACUCACCCUCCAUUACUGCAAAAACUACAUUUUCUUUACCUGUACUAGAUCUUAAUCCAAAAAAUAUCAAGUUGUUGAUUUGAAAUGCUUACUUUCACUUUGGUUUCAAAAAGUGAAGCGGAAGAUUGAUAACUCUUACUCAGAAAUUUUGAUUGAUAACUCGUAUACAAAAUUGAUUAUGACAUUGAUUUAAUGAAAUAAUAAUUUGUAAUAGUAUUAAUGGUUUGGAAAGGCACAUGCAUUUUUUAUUUGUUAUUUUACAGAAGUGUGCAAUCUAUGAUAAAUAUUUUUUAGUUUUGAACGAAUUUUGUCAUAAUGUAUGCCCCCCCCCCCUCUUUUACAAUGGUGUAAUUUGAUCAUAAAAAUUUUUGCAUAAAAAUUUGACCAAUUAAUAUGACAUUGCAUUUGUUUUAAUUUUUAACAAUGAGGCAUAUUUGUGCAAAGGUUGAGGAAAUUCUAUUGGAGGGUUUUUUAUUAAUUUACUAGAAAAUUGAAAUGGAGUGCACACACACACAUACAUACAUACAUACAUACACACACACGCACGGUAGCGAUGCUAUAUCCCCUUCGCAACAAGUUGCGCGAGGGGAUAAUAAGGUUUUUUUUAAAGUUCGGGGCGAAUUGAAGGUAAGUUGUGAUAGACACCGGUAUUACAAUCUUAAGGUAUAGCUACAUACAUGUAUAGUUGAGGUUUUUACCUGAGUAAUCAGCAGUUAUUAUUGCAUUGCUUGUACAUGUGCUUUUAAAUAUGUAUGUAAUUUAUAACAAUCAGUAUCUGUUUUCGUAUUUCAACAUACUAUAAUAUGUGUUCACCCUGUUUUGAUUCUUUUUGCGUUUUUUCAUAGAAACCACAUCAAUGUAUAUAACUUCUGA